AUUCAAUAUGAGGGAUCAGGUAUCUUCAUCUCGGUUACCUGUCAAUAGAUCUGGUUGAGGCACUUAAACAACCAGUCUGUAGCGUAGACGCUGCUUCAGUCUACAGCCAUGGAGCCAAAGAAAAACGGGAAUAAUCUAGAAUCGAAAGACAGGACCGGAAAACAAGGGAAAGAAACUCAGGAAGACAUCAAGAAUUUUGCCGAAACAACCAUGAACGAAAUGCUAGGUUGGUAUGGCUAUGAAAAGAUCUGCAGUGGAGAGACAGAAAAACUAAACCUGAACCGCUAUGAACGUCCUGACGAUGAAUCUGAUUCUGAAAAUGAGGCUGACUGUGACGUGCCACGACAGAGAAUUCAAGUUAAAGAUGGCGCCAGUAGAGAUGUAGAUGUUACAGAAGAUGGGAGGAAGGAAGAAGUGCGUAAAGGGACCUCAGACUUGGCCACUCAACACCAGAAUUUAGUAUCUGCUCUAACCAAUGGAAUUGUCACUGCCCAUAAGAAUGCACUUGAUGGAAGCCGUUAUGCCUUGUGUAAUUGGUGUCAGAAGUUUGGGGUCACUCUGUACUCCCUGAAAACCACAAAUGGAACUAAGAAAUUUUGCAGCGAAGAUUGUUUUACGCAAUGUAGACGUGCAUCAUUUAAAAAGAACAAAAUAUGCGACUGGUGCAAACAUGUGCGUCAUACUGCAGACUAUGUCGAGUUUCAAGAUGGCGAACAACAAUUUCAAUUUUGUAGUGAUAAAUGCUUAAAUCAGUAUAAAAUGAACAUUUUCUGUUAUGAGGCCCAGGAACAUUUGAUUCAGAUGCAGUCAAAAUUGGAAACAGAGAAAAAAUCAAUGCCGAGUCCUAAAAAACAAGGAAAGGAGGUUCUCAUAACACCUGAUUUAUGGACACAAUCCAAACAGGAUAAAACUGUUGCACAAUCGCAUCUCAUGAUUGAUGAAGCAGAAAAACCACACAAUGCUUAUCCUGAAGACAGGAUAAAAUUGAGGAAUCAUGAUCGUAAGAGAGCAAGAUUACUUGAAGCCCCCAUAUUAGGGCAUGAAUCAACUUCGACACCACAAUCUGAAAUGGACAGUCGUGCAUCUAGCCUCUCACCAGCGACAUCAGAUGGGUCGUCAAUUUCCCCCUUGAGUCACAAAUUAUUAUCAAGUUUACGUGAUCUCCCGGGUGGACAUGGAAUGUUACUGAAGGAAGCUCUCACCAGUUCCCGACCAACUGUGGUGCGUGCGCCGCUCAGUGGUAACAGUAGCACUUCAGCAGCUGUCUCCCCAGCCCAAGCCAAAACUCCAAACCAGAGACCUAAUGGUACUUCCACACCUCCUCUGAUACAGAUCCCCGCAGGAAACAUCCCACCCAUGUUUCUACCCCCAGGUAUGCCUAUGCCUGGGUUACCCUUACCCCCCUAUCCUUACCCUCCAUACCCGUGUCCUCCAGGCAUGCCAGGAUUCGCACCUCCACCAACACUUAUGGUGCCGUUCCCAUUACCUAUACCAAUACCUAUCCCAAUCCCUGUGCCUUUCCCAGUGAAAGAUGGGAAGCCUGUCCUCCUGCCUGAGUUCUCCAGGCCCAGUAGAUGUAGCAGUAGCAGCAGUGAAGGACAUACCCAGAAGCCCCCACUCAGUAGUGAUAUAGAAAUCGUUAGAACGAACUAUUUAAUCAAAGAACCAAACACUACCAGCAAGGACUAUCAGAAUCAAAAUGAGCGAUCCCCGUCUAGGCAGAAUGACUGUUCCCCACCUAUGUAUAUUGAUCGGUCCCUAUCUAGACACAUUGAUCAAUCAUUUCAAAGAAGGAGAGAGCAAUCAACAGAAAGGCAGCAUGAUCGGUCCCCCUCUAGGGAAAGAGUAGAGGUUGUUGAGAGACACUAUCUUGUGUCACCAAGGUCAGACAACCAAUCUCAACCUUCUCCGUUAUCUAGUCCAAAUAGCAUGAAAUUGAGAACCGAGCCCUGUAACACACAAAAUUCAACUGUAAGUAGCAUGGACUAUUAUGAAAAUGAGGCCAUGGAUUUGUCACAAGAUAAAAAACGUCCAUCACUACCUGAGCGCCCUCUAUCUAAUAGCAGCUCCAUGGGUAGAUUGAGCCCACGAGUAAGUCCCAGAGUUUCCUUUUUGAGUGAUGGUAAAAUGGUACCACAUGGUCUUGUACUACCUAUAAUUACACCCCCUGCAGCCCCUGAUGUCAAACCUGAGCCCCCCUUAGUUGUUGUAGAUACACCAUUGAAGCCACCCUUGGACAGUAAAUACUCCUCAAGGAGAGGUAGAAUACUUGAUGCCCCACAGGUUCCCCCUAUAAAGAAGCGCAAUCGAAGCCCUUCACCAGAAAGACAUCACUAUCGUCACGAUUUCAGAUCUGCAGCUUACCCGAAACGAAAGUGUUUCAGACCGAAACUAAACAAAACCAAAGUUCUAGUUAGGAAUUAGAUAUGGUGUUUAUCCCAUAUUGCCUCUCUAAGAUAUACCACAAAAAUAUUCUAUUUAAAUUUAUUUAUUAACACUCAAUUAUAAUGAGCAUAAAUUAUAAAUAAUGCAUUUGUAAAUUUCACAUGUUUUGAGCUCAUGUAACAAGAUGAAUUCUUGAAAUUGUGAGGUAAAGUAAGAAAGUAUACAACACUUGAUUUACAUUUAGGUGGGCAGAGAGCAAUGAUUUGACGUUUAAACAUGUAUUCAAUGUAAAGAUUGCAUGUUAAGGGACUAUGUCAGUGAUCCAGAUAACUAAUUCUACUCUCUGCCUUCCUUAAGAAAGUGUAAUAUUAUAUCAUAUUGUAAUUAGAUAGGCACUAAACAUGACUAUAAAAACUCAAUACUUGUGAUAAUGAAACGACAUGAGUGUAUUUUUUCUUAUUCAUUCAACUGGUUGUUACAUACUUGUAGCUCUAUAUUUCUGACAUGUAAUUCUGCCUUCUGUAAGACAGCCAUUUUCACACAUGAUUGAUGACAUACAUUGUACAAUUUCUCAGCUUUUUACCAACAUAUUUGUUUACAUGUGUUUUUAAUUCUUGGAAAAUAAUUCUGCUUGAUAUUAGCGGGGGCCACCA